AUGCCCCAAAGGCAGCCGCGUUUGGACUCCGCCGACAAGAACGAGCCUUUUCCAGCUGAGGUUUCUCGAACCAUUGUGGAGUUAUCCUCUGUGGGCACCCUUUCAACUCUCACUCAAGACGGCUCGCCAUUGGGUUACGGCGUUCGAUUUGCUGUCGACGUGAAUGGAAUCCCGGUGUCGUGCUUCAAUGAGUUUGAUGUACAAUUUUCUCCAAUAAUUGGAAAUCAGUUGGAUCAGUCGGGUAUGCGGACGCCUCAGUGUACAAUACAAGGGAACCUUGAGAAACCUGUAGAUAGGAUGGCUUUGAAGAGAUCGUGUUCAGCAUGGAAGAAACGGUUUAAAGAGGAUGUGGAAGAAAGCUGCAUCCAUGUCAUUGAUGUUGAAAGGAUACUUCGGAUAGAAGAUUAUGCUCAGCUUAAUGAAGUUGGCAGAGUAACAGUUCAAAUUCAGGAUGACGUUUGGGUUUCUUCAUCAGAAUAUGGGUCAGCUAAACCUGAUCCACCUAGCGACUGCAGAAAAAAUUUGUUGAUGAGAUCAACACCCACAACAAAGAAGAUGUUCACACGGUUCUGCAACAUUUAUGUGGACUUGGAUUUUCAGGUUACAUAA